CAUGUUGGUUGUCAGUACGAUUUGUAAACAAAUGCACCUUUAUUUGGGAUCACAUUGGUAAUCUGUGCAUCGCAAAACUUUUUAUUGUGAAAUGGAGAAAAAGAUUUUAAAUUGAAUUAUCCAGAGUAUUAUACUGUUCUUUUGAAACUUCCGGAUAAAAGAUACUGAAAUGGAAAACUUCACAGCGGUGGAGAAAUUAGAGCCAGAGCAAACCAAAGGUGGACGUUCAGGUGGGUUAGUGGUACGUAGAGACAAAGGUGAAGAUGACAUCGUCUUCAAGCAACCGCAAGUGUCCUUGCUGGGACUGGACAAACUAGCAGCAGCUAGACGCGCACAGCAGAAAAAAGCCAGCAAGCUUUCGUUCUACGGUCACGACGCGGAGGAUGGGGAUGAAAGAGACGAAAGGGCAUCCGAAAGUAGGAAAAAAGAACAUCAUUCAUCACGGAAGCAUCGUGACACGGACGAACGGCGCAGCGAGCAUCGAGAAAGCAGUGAGCAUCGUAAAAGAAGCAAACGGGAGGAAGAUGAUUACAAUCGUUCGCGAAAGUAUCGUGAGCGGGCCGUUGAAACUCCUUCUUAUAGCGGAGGCGUAAGUGAUGUUGCCCGCCAGAAGCUAUCUAGCAAGGAAAAGGCCGAGUAUGAUGCGUACCGAAAGAAGGGUAGCCUGUACGCUACAUCGAAGGGUGAAGACCGAAGGCGCGAAAAGUAUCGUACACCGAGUGUACGAUCGGGAUCGGAAUCAAGGAGAAGCACUUUCUCAAGAUACGAGCCGAGUACACCGAGAAGUAGACAUCGUUCAAAGCAGCCAUCCAGCUCCAACUGGACGGACGAUGAGGAUGAUGAUGGAGCACCGUCUGGACCAAGAUCUUCUUGGGACUUUCCCACACCGAAACCCUUUGCGGGUGCCGAGUUUACCGAAGCCGAUCGCGAACAGUGGAAGGAGGAACAGCUACGCCUCGAUCGUGAAUGGUACGGCAGCGAUGACGAACGGCAGAUGAACGAAUUUUCCGAACUCAAUUCGCAGUACCUGCAGCAGCGUGAGCAGCAGCAGCAGUCGCGAAACAAUCGGCGCAUUUCCGCCCAACAGCGCCAGAUAAACAAAGACAACGAACUGUGGGAAAAGAAUCGACUGCUCACGUCCGGUGUGGUAAUGUCGGUCAAUGUAAACGAAGAUUUCGACGAGGAAGCUUUGGAACGGGUUCACUUGCUUGUACAUCACACUGUGCCGCCGUUUUUGGAUGGACGAAUCGUUUUCACGAAACAACCCGAACCGGUAGUACCGGUGCGUGAACCAACGAGUGAUAUGGCAAUUAAUGCCCGCAAAGGAAGUGCGCUAGUACGUACGUACCGUGAGCUGAAGGAACGCAAACGAGCACAAGCGAAACAUUGGCAGCUGGGCGGUACUAAGCUUGGUAAUAUUAUGGGCGUAGCGAAGGACAAAGAUGAACAAGAUCCGGCCGAAGGUGAUGAUGGAUCCUACGACUCGAGGAAAGAUCAAAAGUAUGCGGAUCACAUCGGUGGCGAGAAAGGAGAGUUUGGCCCGCGACGUAAGACUAUCCAGCUGCAGCGUAGAUCGCUACCGGUGUUUGCCGUGCGGCAAGAUCUGCUGAAUAUUAUCCGCGAGAACUCGAUCAUCAUUAUCGUGGGUGAAACGGGUAGCGGAAAAACGACUCAGUUGACGCAGUAUCUUCACGAAGAUGGUUACAGUAGACACGGCAUGAUCGGAUGUACACAGCCGCGUCGUGUAGCGGCCAUGUCCGUGGCGAAGCGUGUUUCGGACGAGAUGGAUUGUUCGCUCGGGCAGGAGGUGGGUUAUGCGAUUCGGUUCGAAGAUUGCACGUCGGAGAAAACGGUCAUCAAGUACAUGACGGAUGGUAUUUUACUGCGUGAAAGUUUGCGCGACAAAGAACUGGAUGGUUAUAGCGUAAUAAUCAUGGAUGAAGCUCACGAACGUUCGCUUUCGACGGAUGUGUUGUUUGGGCUGUUGCGCGAGAUCGUUGCCAAGCGCCGCGAUCUGAAGCUGAUCGUAACUUCCGCCACUAUGGAUGCGGGCAAAUUUUCCAACUUUUUCGGUAACGUACCGACGUUCACCAUACCGGGCCGUACGUUCCCGGUGGAUGUGUUCUAUGGGAAGAACGUAUGCGAAGACUAUGUAGAUGGUGCGGUGAAGCAGGUUCUGCAGAUCCAUCUGCAACCGACCGAAGGGGACAUACUGGUGUUUAUGCCCGGUCAGGAAGACAUCGAGGUGACGUGCGAGGUGCUGGCGGAGCGGUUAGGCGAGAUCGAUAAUGCACCGGCACUGUCCAUUCUGCCGAUCUACUCACAGCUUCCAUCCGAUCUGCAAGCGAAGAUCUUCCACCGCUCGACGGACGGAACGCGCAAGUGUGUCGUGGCAACGAACAUUGCCGAAACGUCACUCACCGUCGAUGGUAUAUCGUAUGUGAUCGAUUCGGGUUACUGCAAGCUGAAGGUAUACAAUCCACGCAUCGGUAUGGAUGCGCUGCAGAUCUAUCCCAUUUCGCAAGCAAACGCUAAUCAGCGAUCAGGACGUGCGGGUCGUACCGGGCCCGGACAAGCUUUCCGGCUGUACACCGAGCGACAGUACAAGGACGAACUGUUGCAUCUAACCGUGCCGGAAAUUCAGCGUACCAAUUUGGCCAAUACGGUGCUGUUGCUGAAGUCGCUCGGUGUGAGCGAUUUGUUGCAGUUCCACUUUAUGGAUCCACCGCCCCAGGAUAACAUUCUCAACUCGUUGUAUCAACUGUGGAUUUUGGGAGCGCUGGAUCAUACCGGAGCGCUUACGCCACUUGGUCGUCAGAUGGCUGAGUUUCCGCUCGAUCCUCCGCAGUGCCAGAUGCUGAUUGUGGCUAACGAGAUGGGUUGUAGUGAGGAAAUCUUAAUCAUUGUAUCGAUGUUGUCGGUGCCAUCGAUUUUCUAUCGUCCCAAGGGUCGUGAGGAGGAGGCGGACAGUGUAAGGGAAAAAUUCCAGGUGCCCGAAUCGGACCAUCUCACGUACCUGAAUGUAUACCAGCAGUGGAAAAUGAACAAAUAUUCUGGAUCCUGGUGUAAUGAGCACUUCAUCCACGUGAAGGCAAUGCGUAAGGUGCGCGAAGUGCGUCAACAGCUGAUCGAUAUCUACAGCCAACAGCAACGUCUUACUCUCAAGUCUUGUGGCACUGAUUGGGAUGUGGUGCGUAAGUGCAUCUGUUCCGCCUAUUUCUACCAAGCAGCUCGUCUCAAGGGUAUUGGGGAGUAUGUAAACCUUCGUACGGGUAUGCCAUGCCAUCUGCAUCCCACCUCCGCACUGUACGGGCUUGGUACUACACCGGACUAUGUUGUGUACCAUGAGUUGAUAAUGACAGCGAAAGAGUACAUGCAGUGUGCUACGGCUGUCGAUGGGUAUUGGUUGGCCGAGCUUGGACCGAUGUUUUUCUCAGUCAAGGAAACGGGCAAAAGUGGACGGGACAAGCGACGCCAGGCGGUUGAACAUCAGAAUGCGAUGGAAGUGCAGAUGCGCGAAGCUCAACAGCAGAUGGAGCAACGCAAGCAGGAUGAGGAAAAGCACAAGUUUACCAUCAAACAGGAGAUUGUAACGCCGGGAGCAACACCUCGUCGUACCCCGGCUAGAAUAGGAUUAUAGAUAAAGUUAGGAAUAAAGGUUGCUUAAAUAGAGAAGCUAAGUUUUAAAGCAUUAAAACAAAUUUCGUAAAAUCUA